AUGAAAGAGGCAAAAGACUCACCAACUCGACUAGAAUUCUAUCCAUUCGCCUAUGCUUUAUUCACUGAGGAACUGGAAACAUAUUGCUGGUAUUGUCUACAAAUUUGCCCGCAAAAGAGACAUUGCAUCGGCUGUGGACUGGCGAUCUUUUGUGAUAAGGAAUGUCAAAUGUUGGGAUGGAAAGAUCACAAAGCAGAAUGUAAAGGCUUCCGAACAGCUGAGAAACUCUAUGAUAUCGAGGUCCGACUUUUGGGAAGAAUCGUUCACCGUUACAAAACUAUUCAAUCCGGCAAAGACAAAGAUGAUCCCGAUUUCUACAAGGAUCGCACCUCACAGCGAUCAUUUAUGGAAGUCUGGUCUCACGUCGAACAGAUGAAAGUCGACGAUUUUGCGCAAAAGAAAUUCGAUGAAAUCUAUACCGAGCUGUUGGCGUUUUAUGGAGAGAAAUGGUUGUUGCCCAAGGACACGGUAUUCGAGUUGCACUGCAGAAACUAUAUCAAUCGGCAUGCGAUCAGUGAUAAAGGAUAUAUGAAGGAGAUCGGAAAAGGUCUCUACUUAGAUCUUUGUUCCUACGAUCACAGCUGCCGUCCGAACACAAUCUACACUUGCAAUGGAUUCAAAGCAACCCUUCGACGGCUGAACAACUCCGUGAAUCUCUUGGACAAGAAAAACACUUUUUACUCGUACAUUGAUUUGUUAUGCUCUCAACAACAACGACGAAAGUUAUUGAAGGAUACAUGGUAUUUCACUUGUGAAUGCGAGCGAUGCUUGGACGCGAAAGAUCACCUUUUGACGUCGAUUUUGUGUCCGCUGUGUUCGAAAGUCGAGCCAACCGAGAUUUGUUUAUGGGGAGAGGAUUCGAACAAAAAUCCCAACUCUGCGAUCAUCACUUGCAAAAAGUGCAAUGAGCCGUUAGCGCAAAACUAUGUUCUCGAGGGAAUCGGUGCCAUGCGAUUCAUCGACAAAGUCUUCGAUGAUCAAGAACUUGAACAGAUGCCAGGGAAAACGCAGCCAGCUUUUCUACAAGAUCUGCUCACCCGUUUUGGCGAAAUUUUACCACAUGUUAACGUUUAUUACUGUCGGAUAAUUCAGGCUUUGAUCCCACUGAUUCCGCCAACAGACAAUCACGAACUCCUUCGAUUGCAUUUGAUGUCGGAGAGCUGUGUUCGUCGCUCUUUUCCCCACAACCAUCCCGCCGUUGCUUUCCAUCUACGCAAUAUUGCGAUCUUUGCCGGAAAUCUUGGAAAGAAGGAGAAAUGUUUGAAAUACUUCGAGGAGGCGCAAAAUAUUUUGGAUUACACAUUGGAUGCGGAUCAUCCGAUGAGCCUUGAGAAUCGAAGAUUGUGGGAAACGGCAAAAACUGCUGAGCUGGUAAAACAAGUCGAAGAGAUCACGAUUCACGAUGGGAAACCAAAAAGUGAACAGAAAAAGCAAGAGAUUUUCGAUGAAGAUGAUGAGAUUCCGAAUGAUAUGCCGAGUUUAAUC